UUUAAAAAAAACAUACCUUCCACAACUUUAAUUAAUGGUGAAAUACAUUAGUUUAACCUGCCUGUAACAUUACCUUGUUGUGUGAUUUAAAAUAGCUUUAAUUCACACUGCAGUGUCAAACUUGAGCAAUGUUUUUGUUUUGAGAGAGAGUUUUAGCUAAGCACUUCCUCUAACAGGCUCACGUACUUCCUCUUUGCUAAGUACUUGUCAGGAUCUGUUCCUUUUCUGUGUUUAUUUUGAGUUUCUGUGUCUCUGUGUUGUCCUGUCUCCCCUUGAGUGCUCCCAGGUGUUUCUUGUCUCCUUGAUUACCCUCUGUGUAUUUAACCCCACCUGUGUCCUUUGUUCCUCGUUGCGUUUGUCCAGUACCUUUGUCAUGUUUGAGAGCUUUUGCAAAUGCUCUUUGUGCUGUCUGGACUUUGUGUUUUUGGAUUUUCUGGAUUUACUUUCAUCAUUAAACCUAGUGAUGGGUAAAUGAGGCGUCAUGUAUCGUUUCGGCCCAUAGCAAAACUGUAUUGAUACUAUGCCGAUACUGUGUCACUGAAUACUGACACCUGCUGGACAUCAAAAAUCCCUACAGGCAACGCAGUUGACAGACUGAUUUGAUGACCAAGUCUAUACAAUAAGAUUUAAGUCAUUGUAUUUUAUUGUAUAUUAUAUGUUGUAUUAUGUCAUAUCUUCAGUGAAAUUCAAAAUAUAUUUGAUAUUCUUCGAUACAGUCAAUAAAUAAUGCAAACAUGUACCAAGUGAUGAAAAUGAAAGUGAACGUGUUUGGAAUGAGGAUGCUUGUGGACUGUUUGUUUUUUUUGUUUUUUUUUCUCACAAAUUUUCAUUCAAAAAAAUACAUUUUUCCAACAUUUUGAAAUUUAGGCCUGUUCCGUUUUUUGACAACUUCUCCUGCUGUAGAACAUAAAUAUGCAAACAAUACAUUUCUAUGAAAUAGUUUAUAAACCGCAACUGAGUAAUUUGUAGAAUGGCUGUAUACCAGAGUUUAUCCUGGGUGUAUCUGGGAUUUCAUUCUGAUGCCUGGCACUAUAAUGCCUCAGCAUUGGGGAGGUGAAUUUAUUUAAAUAAAACAGAUUUUAGAGACACUGUAUAUUGUUCAUAUAAAUAAAUUUUUUUCUUUUAUAUUUAUUUUGUACAUAGAUCUUUAUGAAUGUGUUUUGCUGCAAAUGUCUUUUUUUUUAUUUAUAGCGGGGUUGUCUUUAUUUUCUUUUUUAUUUAUGGAGGGUAAUUUAAGAAUAAAAUUAUUAAAUGUAUAACUUAAAAGGAGAAAUAUAUGCAACACUUAACCUGCAGUACAUAAUAUGAAAGUAAACUAAAAGUCAGUUUCAGCUGAAUUUGGAUUCAGAUAGAUCAAGUAGAAACUGAAAAGAACCGGAUGAAACAACAACGAAGUGAUAACCAAUACCUUAUUGUCUGACGUAAGAGCAAAAGGGUCCCAAACUACAAAACCUUUCGUUUGCCUUGAGGUUGCUCCAUAGAGUAUGCUGUACCGUAAAAGAUCGGUCACGUGACUUGCUGAAAGCAAUACGCGCACCGACGUAGGUUUUAGUCUAUGGGCUUGACACAUGCGCCGACGCAUCGGUGUUGCCGGACCCAUCACUAAUUAAACCUUCUUAUUCAUCUCACCCUGGGUCUGCUGCCUCUGCCUCACCACCAAAAUCAUGACAGUACUUCCUCUAUGCCAAUGCAGGUAAUACUGACAUUAAACGGAAGGUAUUACAGAAAACUGUUUUUAUGCAAGUUAAAUUAUUCGACUCAACUAAAAGCAAGAGUGAACAGAUGAAGUCCUGUAGAGCAGUGGUCCCCAGCCUUUUUAGUACAGCGGACCGGUCAACCCUUCCUAAAUUUUCUGCAGAGUGGGGAGGUGUGGUUGCACGCGUUGUAAGGACCGGAGCGAAUCUGUUGUUUCUUACUCAUUCUGCUUCAAGUUGGCACGCAAGACAUAACCGACAGCAUUCGGUUUGGUAUUUUCAAAAUAAAAGCUCCUCAAGACUCAAUACUUAGAACGGACAUAUUUAAUUAUUUCUUGCGGGCCCAGUACCAAUUAGUCCAUGGACUGGUACCGGUCCGCUGGUUGGGGACCACUGAUGUAGAGUACAAAACAUAAUUUUAUACGCCACCGAAAAUAAAUAAAUAAUAAUAAUUCAGCACAACCAAGGCGAAUUCAGUCAAUUGAAGGCGAUGCUUUUGAGCCAAUUCGGCCCAAGAAAAAUCAUUCCAUACAUGGUAUCAAAGAUGACUGGUGAUGUCAUACGUUUUCCGAUGAUCACCUGAUCUGUUGCGCGCUGUAAAAGACCAAUAAAACACACCAGCUCCCUACACACACUUGGAGAAUGGAGAUUGGCCUGAGAUUAGCAGUGAGUUUGUUCAACUUGUUAAUUGCAGUUGUUGCUGACUCCUUUAAUGAUGACGUGGAAAGAGCGAUUCAGUCAACAGACGCUCUGAACGGUGCUGGUGUCAGCGCUGAGGCUCCAUUGGUGAAAUGUAGCCUGCAGGGUUCUGCCCGUCUGCCUGCCUUUUCCAUGGAUGGAGACUUUGUGAUUGGAGGGGCUUUCUUCAUUCACUACCAAAUGCACACACUGGUAAACAACUACACCACAAAGCCUGAGCUGCCGAGAUGCACAGGAAGCUUCAAUGCCCGGGAUCUGCGCUUCUCUCGCACAAUGAUCUUUGCAAUUGAGGAGAUAAAUAACAGCACAGAGCUGCUGCCUGGCAUCAGACUGGGUUAUCAGAUCUAUGACACAUGCUCCGCCGUGCCAGUAGCUGUGCAUGUUGCUUUUCAGCUGUCAAACGGUCAGGACCCUGUGAUUUACAAAGGAGAGAACUGUUCUCAGUCUGGAGUGGUGGUGGCUGCUGUGGGAGACUCUGGAUCCACUCCAUCCAUCAGCAUGUCACGCAUCAUGGGGUCAUUCAACAUCCCUCUGGUGAGCCACUUUGCCACUUGUGCCUGCCUGUCUGAUAAACACGAGUAUCCGACUUUUUUCCGAACGAUUCCCAGUGAUUAUUACCAAGCUGCUGCGCUGGCCAAACUGGUGAAACACUUUGGUUGGACAUGGAUCGGAGCCAUCCAUUCGGACUCAGAUUAUGGAAAUUACGGCAUAGCAACCUUUCUUGAGACGGCAGGCAGAGAGGGGAUCUGUGUGGAGUACAUUGAAUCCUUUGAUUGGACCCACCCACAGAACAAAAUCCGAAGACUCGCCGACGUUGUCCGGAGGUCAACAGCAACAGUAGUUGUGGCGUUUGCCGCUCCUGGAGACUUGAAAAUCCUCUUUGAAGAGCUGGCAUGGCAGCCAGGUCCACCUCGUCAGUGGAUUGGAAGCGAAGCCUGGAUAACCGACCCGAAUCUAAUGAGAUUUAGUUUCUGCACAGGGGCCAUCGGUGUGGCCAUUCAGAAAUCUGUGGUCCCAGGUUUGAGAGACUUCCUUUUAAAUCUCUCUCUCUCUGAUGUUUCUGCAUCCUCAGUUCUCACUGAGUUCUGGGAGGAAGCGUUCAACUGCAGCCUGACAAGAGGUGAGAAAAGAGUGUGUGAUGGAACUGAAAAUCUAAAAACCCUUAAAAGUCCGUACACUGAAACAUCUCAGUUAAGAGUUUCUAACAUGGUGUACAAGGCUGUUUAUGCCGUAGCACAUGCCAUUCACAAUGUAAUAUGUGAGGAAACAAAUGAAACCACAAAAUGUGAUAAAUACAUCAGACUGGAGCCCCAACAGGUUUUAACUGAACUCAAGAAAGUAAACUUUUCUCGAAAUGGCUAUCAUGUGUCAUUCGAUGUUAAUGGUGACCCCAUAGCUUUUUAUGAGCUGGUAAACUGGCAGAAGAGUGAGAGAGGAGUUAUUGAGCCGGUAACAGUGGGAUACUACGACGCAUCACUGCCGAGGGGGGAACAGUUUCGUAUCAACAGGAACCUAACCUGGCUGGAAGAUGGAGCACAAGUUCCAGUGUCAGUUUGUUCAGAGAGUUGUCCUCCAGGAACUCGUAAAGUGUUGCAGAAAGGAAAACCAAUCUGCUGUUAUGACUGUAUACCAUGUCCUGAAGGAGAGAUCAGUAAUAUAACAGAUGCUCCAGAUUGCUUCCUGUGUCCCAGCGAGUUCUGGCCUAAUGCAGAGAAGAACAAUUGCUUUCCCAAACCUGUGGAGUUCCUUUCCUUUGAUGAAGUCCUGUCAAUCAUCUUGGCUAUAUUUUCUGUUGGUGGAGCCUUUCUGGCCAUUAUUACAGGAAUGCUUUUCUACCAUCACAGAACAACUCCAAUUGUCAGAGCCAACAACUCUGAGCUGAGCUUCCUGCUGCUCUUCUCUCUGACUCUGUGUUUCUUAUGUUCAUUAACUUUCAUUGGAGCCCCCUCUGAGUGGUCCUGCAUGCUGCGGCACACAGCGUUUGGCAUCACAUUUGUUCUCUGUAUCUCCUGUGUUCUUGGCAAAACUAUAGUGGUUCUAAUGGCCUUUAAAGCUACACUUCCUGGUAGUAAUGCUAUGAAAUGGUUUGGUCCUCCACAGCAAAGAUUGACUGUUGUGUCCAUCACAUUUCUUCAGGUUGUUAUAUGUAUCAUUUGGUUGGUUGUGAGUCCUCCCUUCCCAGUGAAAAAUCUGACCACCUACAAGGAGAAGAUCAUCCUGGAAUGUGCGUUAGGCUCUGCUGUUGGUUUCUGGGCUGUGCUCGGCUACAUCGGCCUGCUGGCUGUGUUUUGCUUUGUGUUAGCUGUUCUAGCUCGGAAACUACCUGAUAAUUUCAACGAAGCCAAGAUGAUAACCUUCAGCAUGUUGAUAUUCUGUGCAGUCUGGAUCACCUUCAUCCCAGCUUAUGUCAGCUCUCCUGGGAAAUUUACUGUGGCUGUGGAGAUAUUUGCUAUUCUGGCCUCCAGUUUUGGACUGAUACUGUGUAUAUUUGCUCCAAAGUGUUUCAUCAUUUUGUUUCAACCAGAGAAAAACACUAAGAAAUUUCUCAUGAACAAAACCUAAGUUAAACCCCAAAGAAGACUGGAAUCAACGGGACAAAAAUACAGGUAGUAUUAAUCUGGUUGUUGCAUAUCAUAAACUAUUUACACCUAUUUGAAAAAGAUUUGCUGCCAUGCAUUAAGUAAACAGUUUGGAGGAGUAGUUUAAAUGCACCCAUGUUCCAUUGUGGUA